UAGUAGUUGUGUGUGCGCAACCGUCAAAGUCAGUCCCGGGCAGACAAUCCGAAAUCCUUGCUAUGGUUGGAAUGGUGGCAAUGUGACUGAACGGUAAUCUGUUAGAUGACUGCAGACAGAUUGACCACAAUGAUUAGAGAGGAGGCUAUACAUACACGCCCGAAAUCCGUCCGUUCUUCUUCAGCUAAAACGAGGGUACCUCCUGCAGUUGUUAUCACCGAUGAUUCUGAUACUCCCGUUCCAGUUACCGAUAUAGCGUGUAGCCUGUCCGAUUCUAUAAGCGCUCAUAAUGUAAAAUGUGACGGAAACUCCUCUGCUAAAUCACAGACUCUUGCUGACAACGAUAAUAAACCGAACGGCGUGUGUAGCAUUCGUAGCAGCGGUGGUUUAGAUAUAGACAUUGUGGCACAAAGUUCACCCGCCACCGAACUAUUAGGUGAAUCGAAUCAAUCUACAAAUCAAGGUGAUGCAGACAAUCAACCUUACAUGAAAAUUGCCGGUCGUCAGUGUUGUACCGAACAUGGCAAAAAAGUCACAUAUGGAAUUAUAUUAACUACAGUUAUAGCUACGGCAUGGGUAGGGACCGUACACUUGCUCAAAAUUACAUACACCACACAACCCAAUGUCAAAAAUGCUGUGAAAAACACCACAGAGAAUCAGAGAAUGACAACCGUGUCACCAUCUACAGGCACUAUCACAUACAGUGCUCCAUUUUUUACGACAUGGUUCUGCAGCAUGUGGAACUGCAUGUUUUUCCCAAUUUUCUUAAGUUUAAGACCCUGUUCUUCGUCUGAAAAGACCACAGUUAAAAAAAUUUUAAUAGAAAGCAUACAGAAUUUUCAAGAAAAGAAUUUUACUUUGCUUCAGUUUUUCGGUAGAUGUUGUCUUUUUAGCCUUCUUUGGGUCAUAUCAAAUUAUAUGAUUGUACAUUCUUUGAAAAUUUUGGGAACGACGGAAGUUAUGGCUUUAUUUUCUUCAAACGUUUGCUUUGUUUAUUUAUUAUCCUGGGUUAUUCUACACGAAAAAUUCGUAGGAAUUCGUAGGAUAAUUGAAAAGUUUAAUUUAAUUAUUUUUGUACAGGUUCUUUUCAAAAAGUUGAUUGGAGAAGUGAGCUUUGGCCAGUUAUCUCUCUUCUUUACAAUUGUAGGAUUCUUAGAUGCCCUAAUGUUGUGGCCACUAGUUUUAACACUGUAUUUUACUGGAGCGGAAGUUAUUAUUUGGUCAAAAUUACCUUGGUAUCCAUUGGGAGGUGCUGCCCUUUUAUCAUUACUGGCAAAUAUAUUAGGAAAUCUGGGAGUUGUUUGGACCUACGAAGUGUUUCUAAUUUUGGGUUUCUUGUUUGCUGUGCCGGCAUCUGCAGUAAUCGAUGUUUAUAGAUACAAUAUCAAGUUUUAUGGGAUGAAAUUGGCCGGUAUAAUAUUAAUCGUUGUUGGUUUUCUUCUUGUACUUUUACCUGAUGAUUGGCCAGAUUACCUAACUAUGGUAUUACGAUGGAGAAGAAAUAAAUAUACCAAAGAUAAUAAGGCCAAUAAACAACAAGAUAUGAGAUCGGCACAAACUUCAAGAUUAAGAACACUCAGUGGAAGAGUGAAGUAAAAUAUCCAAACAAUAAUGUAUUUUUUGAGAAGAAAGAAAGAAACAUAAAAAAAGAAUAUAUCUUUUUUUGUUGUCACGGAAUGUUUUUUAGAAUUAGUAUCUUCAAAGAAGAUAGGUGCUAUAUGAUGUGGAUAAAUAGCAUCGAUGAAAUUCAACUCAGUUCUAUUUGUAUAGUACAAUAUAAUGUAUUUGUGCUUAAACUGUAUCGUUGAACUGCUCUGUUUUAACAUCGAAUAUUAAUCAGCUUUAUGAUUCUUUUCUCAAAUUAAUAGGUCGAACGAUAACAUAAAAAGUCUAUAUUAAUAAAUUUCGUGUUCAGACAUUCUCGAAUCAA